UAGCRAACUCCAGAACACCAAAACCAGACAUCAUAACCUGCCUCGUUUCCCAUACUCAGAACGCAACAAGAAGAACAAGAAAUAGAAAUCACAACAACACAAUGAAAUACCAAUCCGCAAUCACUAGCCUGGCCGCCGUUGUCGCGGCAUCGUCUGCAACCUCCGUAUCCUCCUUUGUUCCCACACAGAGCACGGCCCGAGUCGCCGGCGUUCAAUCUCGUGCCACAGUGCAGAACACACAACUUGCGGUUGCCUCCUCCGAGAUUGUCGACAACGAUACCGAAGCCGCCAGGCCUCGAAAGACGAGAGAGGUAUGUUUGGAUCGAUAUACUCUACCGUAUCUUUGUUUCAGUCUCGAAACCACYGUGUUCCAUACCCUCCAUUGGUUUCCAUCCAACCUUCUUCUACCGCACCGCUUGUGCUCACCACAUGAUCUCUUUUUCKUUGUCUGUCUCUUCCCUCGAACAUGUCUUYUAUUUUAUUUUGUUGAACCAAUAUCAAAUGUGAACACGACAACAGGAACGACUGGAGGCCGCAUCCAAGGGACUUCAGGUCCACUGCGUCGGUCUUUCCAUCCACCACGCUGAUGUCGAAGUCCGUGAGAAGCUCGCCGUCGCCGAAUGCGACUGGAACACUGCAUCGAACGAGAUUUGCAACACAGGAGACGUCACCGAAGCCGCCGUCCUGAGUACCUGCAAUCGUUUCGAGAUUUAUUAUGCUGCAUCGGAUCCUCGAGCCGCCAUGGCCAGCGUCACCAAAUUCCUUGCCAAGCGUUCCGGCCUGCCCGUUUCGGAGCUCCGAAAAAACCUGUUUAUGCUUUCCGGAGACGACGCCGUUUGGCACAUCAUGAGAGUGGCCGGUGGUUUGGAUUCCCUUAUCGUCGGAGAGGGACAGAUCCUGUCCCAGGUCCGUCAGUGCCACCUUCACUCCAUCGAGGAAGACGGAUGCGGAGGAAAAGUCCUCUCGAGACUUCUCAACAACGCCGUUGCGGCAGGAAAACGCGUCCGAUCCGAAACCGGCAUUUCCAAGGGAUCCGUCAGUGUCUCGUCGGCAGCGGUGGAACUCACCGAGAUGCUCUCUGUCCCUGACCUCAACCUUCCCUUUUCGGAGGCACGCUUGGCCGUUGUCGGUGCUGGUACGAUGACCCGUCUCUUGGUGACUCACUUGGCGUCGCGGGGACUCGAAAAAAUCACUAUUGUCAACCGUUCAUUGCCCAGGCCACAGGAGCUUGCGGAACAAUUCCCAGAUAUUGACAUCGAGAUCAAGCUGAUGGACGAUCUCUGGGACGUUGUCGGACGGUCCGACAUUGUAUACACAGCCACUUCGUGCGUUGAUUACGUCAUUGACCAAGAAAAGAUGGAAGCCAACGGCCUUGCGGGCGGACGCCCCAUGAUGCUCGUUGAUAUUGCCGUUCCAAGAAACAUUGGAGAAGAUUGCAAGAACGUAAGUUUUACUUGAUCGUCAAUCGUUUCUCUAUGCUGGUAUUCUGCUGUAUGGCGUGCUUUGUAAUCCGUGUCCUUUUCUUAUCGAAAUUUUCCAUUUUGUUCCCAACGAAAUCAUUUCUAUAGGUUCCAAACGCAAAGGUCUACAACGUCGAUGAUCUCAAGGCAGUUGUCGCAAAGAACACCGCCAUGCGUCAAAAAGAAAUGAUCGAGGCCGAG